UAUAUAUAUAAUUGUUACUACUUUCCAUCCCAUUAAAGUCAAAGUCGAAGUUGUGGAGUAGAAGGAAAGAAAACAUGUCUCUUGUCACAGAAGAAAUCAGGGCCAAGGCAGAGAUGUACCGGGGAGACGAGAUCUGUAAAGAGAAAUCUCAGCUGUUGCUGAGGGAGGUAGGGUUGCCAAAUGGGUUGUUGCCAUUACAUGACAUUGAAGAAUGUGGGUAUGUGAAAGAGACAGGUUUUGUGUGGCUGAAACAGAAGAACAGCAUAACCCACAAGUUUGAGAAGAUUGGGAAGCUAGUGAGUUAUGCAACUGAGGUCACUGCUGUUGUUGAACCCAACAAGAUCAAGAAACUCACUGGGGUGAAGACCAAAGAGCUAUUGGUUUGGAUAACACUGAGUGAUAUAUAUAUUUCUGAUCCAUCAAGUGGGAAGAUCACUUUUCAGACUCCUGCUGGGCUCAAUAGGUCUUUCCCUGUUUCCGCUUUUCAGAUUGAAGAGAAAGAGAAGGAUGUGAAGGACAAAGACAAGAAGGAGAUGAAUGAAGCUGUGCGAGUUAAGGAUGUGUAAUAAGCUUCAUCUGAUUCUCUGUAGUGUUUCUCCAUGUGGAUUUUUAUGUACUGUUCUCUCCUCUUGCUUGUCUUACUCAUUAAAUAAGAAAAAAUGAUGACCACAUUCCCCUCCCUCCACAAACCCCAAAACCCCACACCACCACCACGCCACCCCCAAUGUGCACUUUUUAUGUACUGUUCUCUCUUCUUCCUUGUCUUACUCAUUAAAUAAGAAAAAAUUAUGACCA